AUGACCUCUAUUCUCCUCACUCGCGUUAUCCUUCUCCUUUUCCUAUCCUUCUUCACCCACAAUGCUGCACUCGCCUUUAAUCCUGUGAAACCCAGAUUCCGCGAUGUCACUGAGGCGGCCGGAAUCGAAGUUCGAAGACUUAAAAAGUACGGCGGCCCGUCCGUCUCCGACCUCGACAACGAUGGCUAUCCUGAUCUGCUCUUCUGCCAUCACGGCGGCCCCCACGCUGCCAUCUACUUCAACGACAGAAAAGGUGGAUUCAUAAAGAACUCAUGGAGUCUAUGGUCUGAUAUGCAUGGCAUCGCCGUCACUCCCCGCACCCCCAAAUCACUCGCAAAGCUCAUCUCCAUAUCUUCCGGAGGUGGCAAGGGACUCAACCCAUCCGCUCCCCAGAUCUUUCAAGUCGAUUCUAGUACGAGGAACAUAACCGAAAUCACAAGCCAAAUGGGCAUCCAAGCAGCCAAGGGUCGCCAAAGAACAGCCAUUUACUUGAACAUGAAGUUUAACAAAAAUCACAAGUACCCAGACGUUAUCUUUACAAACGCUCAGCCGAAGAUUCACAACAGAGACUGGCAGUACGCCUUUGAGAGCGACGGCAAGCGCUACUCCCGCCGCAACCUCAAGGGGUACGAACGCAACCCCAAUUGGUACAUUUCCGCCACGGACCUCGAAAACGACGGCACCAUGGAGAUCAUAGGCUACCAAGACCUCUCGUUCUUCAAGCUCAUCGGCCCCUUCCGCUUCAAGGAGAUCACGGCCGACGUCCUUCCCCCCGGCACCCCGACGACGGGCACCGUCGCCGUCGCCGAGUUCGACAUGGACAACGACGGCGACAUGGACCUGUACGUAGCGCGCACCAAAACCGGCGAUCUCAAAUGGCUCAAUCGCUCGCUCCCCUCGUUCCCAGACUUGCUACUAGAGAACGUCAACGGCAAGUACGUCGACGUGAGCAAGCGAGCCGGCGUGCCGACCACGUCUACUUCGCGCGGCGUCAGCACCGCCGAUUUGAACAACGAUGGCUACGUUGACAUUGUCGUCCCGCAGUACGCGUCGUCGGACAUCGUCCUCCUCAACCAGGGCGACGGGACGUUCAAGAAGGUGUUCGGCCUGAUCCGACGCCCCAGCAAUGUGCGCGGCGACCAUGUGGCGGCCGUGGACUACGAUCUGGACGGGCGUGUGGACCUGGUUGUUAGCCAGGGCGACCAGCAUGACGAAUCAAAGGGUGGGUCGUAUCGAAUACUGAACAAUCGACUGCCGCCGAGCGGUAAUAGAAAGUGGCUAUCGGUGAGGGUAGGGAACGCGCCAGAUGGCAGCGCGACGGCGUUGCAUGCAUUGGUGCAAGUUAUGGUUGGAGGAAUGACAAUGACGAGGCGCGUCGGCAGCACAGGGGAUGCAAUCUCGCGGUCAUUCUUGGAAACGGUACAUUUCGGAUUGGGGUCACGGGGUAAGGUGGACAAGGUUGUGGUUCGGUGGACCAGUGGGUUCCAGGUGGUCAAGCGGAGGGUUCCGGCAAACACGAAACUGAGCGUAGGGUCGUUCUGAGGGAUGACGUGGCCAGGACUAGAGCAGGUAGAUUGCGUAGAGAUGUACUGUACAGUAUACCGUACGGUUAGUUGACAGCGUGGCAUUGGGAACACCUCUACGCUCACAACGACACAAAAAAAAAAACAGAAAGACUGUGCAGCACGGUCCA